AUGGCCGGUUUGCAGAAAAGUCUUCAAGAGGCAGCGACUCGUGACAUUACACGAAUUGAGCGCAUUGGUGCCCAUUCACACAUACGUGGUCUUGGCCUUAACGAUGAAUUGGAUGCUCGACAGGUCUCCCAAGGCAUGGUAGGCCAGUUGAAAGCCCGCAGAGCUGCUGGUAUCAUUCUUGGAAUGAUCCGUGAGGGUAAAAUUGCAGGUCGUGCUAUUCUUCUUGCUGGUCCACCUGGUACUGGCAAGACUGCUAUUGCCAUGGGUUUGGCACAGGCUCUUGGACGUGACACACCGUUCACUGCAAUGGCAGGAAGUGAAAUUUACUCUCUGGAGAUGAGUAAGACUGAAGCACUUACACAGGCUUUUCGCAAGUCAAUCGGAAUCCGUAUUAAAGAAGAAGCUGAAAUCAUUGAAGGUGAGGUUGUCGAAAUCAUGAUCGAUCGUCCUGCGACUGGAACUGGUGCUAAGGUUGGCAAAUUAAGCAUUAAAACAACCGAAAUGGAGACAGUGUAUGACUUAGGUCAAAAGAUGAUUGAUUGCAUCGUAAAGGAGAAGAUUCAAGCCGGUGAUGUUAUCACAAUUGACAAGCCCUCUGGUAAAAUUACAAAAUUGGGUCGCUCCUUUGCACGGGCUCGAGAUUUUGAUGCCACUGGAAUGCAGACAAAAUUUGUCCAGUGUCCUGAAGGCGAACUGCAGAAACGAAAAGAAGUUGUCCACACCGUCACCCUUCACGAAAUAGAUGUAAUCAACAGCCGUACACAAGGUUUUCUAGCUCUUUUCAGUGGUGACACUGGAGAAAUCAAAUCGGAGGUACGGGAUCAGAUUAACGCCAAGGUUGUGGAGUGGCGCGAGGAGGGUAAAGCUGAUAUUGUCCCGGGUGUCCUCUUUAUUGAUGAAGUUCACAUGCUUGACAUUGAGUGCUUUUCAUUCCUCAAUCGAGCUCUCGAAUCCGAUAUGGCUCCUAUCCUCAUAAUGGCCACAAAUCGUGGAAUCACGACGAUUCGCGGGACCAAUUACAAGAGUCCGCACGGCAUCCCAAUCGAUUUGCUGGAUCGUUUACUGAUAGUGCGCACGGAGACCUACGAUGAAAAGGAGAUCCAAGCCAUCUUGAAGAUUCGAUGUGAGGAGGAGGAUGUCGACAUUGCCGAGGACGCCCUCGUGGUGCUCACACGGAUCGGGAUGCAGACGUCCCUGCGCUACGCUAUCCAGCUUAUUACCACAGCCAGUCUUGUCUGCCGGCGUCGUAAGGGUAUUGAGGUGAAUAAAGAUGAUAUUCGUAAGGUGUACCAACUCUUUAUGGACGAAGCGCGUUCGACACUCUUCUUGAAGGAGUACCAGGAUGAGUUCAUGUUUAACGAUCAACACUCUUCAGAGGCUGUACAACCCGCAGGUGAUGCAGUGAAUAGUACGGCAUAA